AUGGCUCUCAUUGAAGAAAUCAUCGAGGACGAACACGUCAACACACCAUCACAAACAGAGACAUCAUCAUCCUCACAAGACACCGCCACCAAGAAGAUCAACGGCCACGACAUCACUGCUACACUGGAAAAACUAGAACUCUCCGAGGAUGAAGAACUGUUUGAGGAGGCAUCGCGGUACAAGGUGGCAGGAAAUCAAGCGUUUGGCAAGGGCGACUACACCGAGGCACUCAAGUACUACCAGCUGGCCCUGACAACCUGUCCCUCAAUACCAUUAGCCUCCACCGCGUCGGCCUCAGAUGAUGACCAGGACAACAACGAUAACGACAACGAUGAGGAGUCAGGGGAGGAACAGUCAAUCAACAACAGCGCCACCACAGACACCAAGAUCAACGUGGAGGCAGCCGCUAAAUAUCGGACAGAGCGGGCAGUAUACCAUGCCAACAUGGCAGCAUGUCACAUCAAGCUGAAGGAGUAUCAAUUGGCGAUCGAGGGAUGCUCAGCGGCGCUUGAGCUUGACCCAUCCUACACGAGGGCCCUCCAACGGAAAGCACAGGCUGAAGAGCUCUUGGGAACAUUUGCAAGCAUGAACCAGGCUAAGGAUGAUCACCUGAAGGUUGUCGAGACCCUGAAGAUCGAGCUCGGGCUGAUUGCACCGCCAAAGGAGGAAGAGGAACAGGAGAAGGGAACCACCUCAGCAACUGAGGAAGCAUCAUCAAUGUCUUUUACGGAGACUGGAUCACCUACACCGGAAUCAUCUUCGCCGGUGUCCAAGGGGCCUCAACGGCCACGGCCUGCUCAGAAUUUGCAGAAAGAGCAAAAACCUACUUACAAGCCCAAGAAACUUGAUUUGGAUGAGGCGGGCAAGAAGAAGCAUCGGAUGCUUCUCCAGUCGAGCGAGCAGGCACUCAAACGCAUGGAACCCAUUCUGAAGGAGAUGCUGGAAAAGGAGAAGGCCGAGAUGAUGGCCAAAUUAAAGUCGAUGGGUAACACGCUUCUUGGCAAGUUUGGACUGUCAACCGACAACUUUCAAAUGAAACAGGACUCUGCGACAGGAGGAUACUCGUUCAACUUUGUCAACAACCCCUAA